AUUAAUUACGUUCCCCUCGGCGCAGUGAUUUCCUCACAACAGCUGCUCAGGAGACCUGAAGUUUCAGCGAUCCCACGAGCGAGCCAGCUUCCUCUUUUACACCCAGAAUAUCGAGAGCGAAUGUCAGCGAGCUACCGCCCCUUAGAGGACAAAGGCCGGCCCUGCAGGGAACGAUACGUCAUUGUUUAUUGGUUCUCAUUGAAUAAUUGAAUUGUGUGGAUAAGUCUCUAUAUAUGUGUAUGAUCAAUUAUACUGUAGUUUCUUUUUUUAAUCAUAGGCAGAAAUGUGCGUGUUUCCUUGUAGUUGAAAGACCUGUUAAUGUGGAAUAUGUUACCAGGUAAGACUGAGAAAUGUGAGCUGAAGUUUAAUUUCUUUAUAAGUUUCGUGAGGCUGUGUGGUCCAGUGGUUAAGGAAAAGGGCUUGUAACCAGGAGGUCCCUGGUUCAAAUCUCACCUCAGCCACUGACUCAUUGUGUGACCCUGAGCAAGUCACUUAACCUCCUUGUGCUCCGUCUUUCGGGUGAGACGUAGUUGUAAGUGACUCUGCAGCUGAUGCAUAGUUCACACACCCUAGUUUCUGUAAGUCGCCUUGGAUAAAGGCGUCUGCUAAAUAAACAAAUAAUAAUAAUAAUAAACCACUUCAGUGAGUCGAACCUUGAUCUGUAACUAGCUUCACCUUUGAUAGCGCGUGAUUUUAAAAAGCAGAUGAAGGUGUUGUUAUCUGUAUUGUAAAUCAGAAAAAAAACUGGAGCUCAGCCUGAACUCAAAAUGAGCAAAGUCCUUGUUAACAGUUAAUAAACCCAUACAAUAAAAAAAUAAAAUUGAGUGUUGUCUGAUUGAUGAUGACAGUUGUGUAUUCAGGCAAUAUUUUGCUGAGACAAAACAGUCCGAAUUUCUUUUUUGUCCUCUUUGUCAUUUCAUUGGAACCGUUUUAAACAAACAACUUAUAGGGGAAUGUAUGACGUUUCUAUCUACGGCCUAUUGUUUUAAAACACUCCUUGUAAAGCACUCGUUAUAUUAAACCAGUUAAUGAUUAAUUAAUGUACCAGAGGGUGUUGUUUUUAUUAUCUACAGUCAGAGUGAAAGUAUUUUUUACCUCUUCUGUUUUCGGAGCACAUUCAGCUGCAGCUAUGAAGACCUUCUGCACAGAAUGCAUGGUGAUGAUUCUCUUAACUUCCUCACGCAUCGGGGAAUCAGAAGCAGCAUUUAACGUUAUCGUCCCAAAAAGCCCAGUAAUCAGCACAGUAGGUGAAGACAGCGUCCUCCCUUGUCAAGUUUCGACCGAAAUCAAAACUGAAGACUUGGAAGUGAGGUGGUACAGAGAGAGAUUCAAUGACCCAAUUUAUGAAUACAAGGAUGGCAAAGAGGUGACCGAAAAACAGAACAAAGAGUACCAGGGCCGCACCAGUCUUCUGGACCAGCAGCUGGGGGAUGGCGUUUUGUCUCUAGUGCUGAGGAAGGUCAGAGUUUCUGAUGAAGGCAAAUACACGUGCUAUGCAGGGACUUCAAAGUGGUACGAGGAACCAAAAAUGGAACUACAAGUUCAAGCCCUUGGCAGCGAUCCUGUGAUCCAUAUAGAAAAACAUCUUAAACGCAUCAUCACGCUGAGCUGCGUAUCAUUAGGCUGGUACCCUCCACCCGAGAUGUAUUGGACCGAUGGAGCAGGUAGAAAUGUAACAGCGCUGACUCAACCCAGCAUUCAAAGAGACGGGAAUGGUCUGUACAACAUCAGCAGUCAACUCAGUGUCAAACAGAACGACAAUGUUGUGGUCAGUUGUCUCGUCAUCCAGAAACAACAGCGAAGAGAAAUGAAGUCAAGACUGCAGAUUAGUGAGCAGUUUUUUGAAAUCACUCAUCCUGAACGGCUUUAUAUCUCCGUGUUUGUCAUCUCUGCUGCAAUAGUCCUCGUGUGCAUCAUGGCCGCCUGUCUGUACAUCUUCAAAAGGAAACGAGAGUGGGACAAAACCUGUGUGGAAUUCGGAAACUUACAAAAGGCUGAAAAGGACACAAGUAUCAAAUGUGAAAGACUUGAACAGGAAUUAAAUGCUGUAAAAACUAUCCCAAAUUCAGUUUGGAAAUGGAUCCAGGAAGCAGCAGUGAAUGUGAUUCUGGAUGCAGACACAGCCAAUAAACGUCUCAUCCUGUCCGUCGACGGAACCAGUAUGGCACUGGGAGAGGAGGACCGGGACCCCCCUGACACUGGAAGAAGGUUUGAACGUCCGCUCUGUGUCCUGUCCAGGGAGGGGUUCACCUCAAAACACUACUGGGAGGUAGAGGUGGGAAAGAAGACAGGCUGGAUUGUAGGAGCUGCUACAGAGUCUGCCAAAAGGAACGGACAAGUGAUUUUGUUUCCAGAACAGGGAUUCUGGGUACUAAGACUUGAAAAUGAAAAGUUUUAUGCCAACGAUGUUAUUGAGUCCCCCACCAUUCUCCCUCUGAGUCUGAAGCCCCAGAUUCUGGGGGUGUAUCUGGAUUAUGAGGAAAGGCAGCUCUCCUUUUACAAUGUGGAGACCAGAUCUCACAUCUACACUUUCACUGACAUGGAGUUAAACACCAAGGAGAAGGUCUAUCCAUUGGCUGGAACCACACCAAGUUGCAAAGAAGGGCUAGAUAUACACCAUUUUACACAUUUAAAAACAAAAAAGUCAACGUCCCCCAUGAGUCAAGCAGAUGAUGCAUCAGCAAGGGCAGCUCUAACAGGAGAGGAAGACACCAAGGAUCGAUACAGCAAAGAGGACCACCCUCUGCUACCUGACAAGAAAAGAUUACCAGGGCAAGACAGCAAAAAGAUGUUUGGGUUUUGGCCUGGGUUAUGGUUAGAAAAAAAAGAGAAAAAGAAGAAAGAAGGGAAUGAGAAAAGAGAGGAGGAAACAGAAAAGGCAAAAAAAGAGAAUGAGGAGAAAGAAGUGAAUGAAAAAAGAGAGGAGGAAAUAGAAAAGGGGAAAGAAGAGAAUAAGGAGAAAGAAAAGGGGAAAGAAGAGAAUAAGGAGAAAGAAAAUGUACCUGACGAGGAGAAAGACUUACCAGAGGAAGAAAGUGAAAAAAGGGGUGACAUUGAAAAAGAAAAAAAGAAAGCAAAAAGGAAAAGAGGAGAGAAAAAGAAAGAUAAGCACAAAAAAAAUUAAACAAGCCCCUAACUAGAAUGAAAAUUAAAUUUUUUAAUGGUCCAAACGAUGGCUGGUCGCCACAAAGGACGUGGGGACUAGAAGAUGGAACACUCUUUAUCGUGUGCUCAGAAGACCUCGUAACAAUGAACAAUAUUUAUAUUUUGAAAACUCCUCAGAAUUUUUAAGAACAAUUACCAUUGUGUUAACGAAGCUGGCCAGUCGCCAUCAAUACGGAUGGUCUUAUUUCUUUUAAUUGAGUUUCCUUUUUCUAACUGUGGUAUAUUAUUCUAAUGCUAUGUAUAAUAUAGAUUAGAUUGAUUAGAAGUUCAUAGUAAUCAGUCAUCUUGAAUGCAGAGUAGCGGUUAGGGCUCUUAACUGGAGGGUCGUGGGUGCAGUCCCAGGUGAGGGACACUGCUGCUGUACCCUUGAGCAAGGUACUUUAUUUAGAUUGCUCCAGUAAAAGUUCGACUGUAUAAAUGGGUAAUUGUACGUAAAAAUAAUGUGUAAAAAAAUAAUGUAAUUGUAUGCAAAAAUAAUGUGAUAUAUUGUAACAAUUGUAAGUCGCCCUGGAUAAGGGUGUCUGCUAAGAAAUAAAUAAUAAUAAUUCUAGUGAUCUACUGACUGGGGAGUGUCAUGUUGGUGUAUAAUA